GCGGAUGGAUUUAUCCUCACACAUGGUGAGGACUUGGAAAGAUCAAAACAGUCACUCUGCAAGAUUCAGCUGAAAAGAUGUCUGGGACAAAGGUGCUGCUGUUCCUGCAGAGCCUUUCCCGUAGGAAACCUUUGGAGCCUGAAGGCGAAGUGUCCAACUUUCGUCGCUGCCUGACCACCCUUGACCUGGUGGCCCUCGGGGUCGGCAGUACCCUGGGGGCCGGAGUUUAUGUGCUCUCAGGAGAAGUGGCCAGGACCGUAGCCGGUCCCAGUAUAAUUAUCUCCUUCCUGAUAGCAGCUGUAGCCUCCAUCUUUGCAGGAUUGUGUUAUGCUGAAUUUGGAGCUCGGGUUCCUAAAACAGGAUCUGCCUAUCUCUACAGCUACGUGACUGUGGGGGAGAUAUGGGCUUUCAUUACUGGCUGGAACCUACUGCUUUCUUACGUCAUUGGAACAUCAAGUGUAGCAAGAGCAUGGAGUGGGACCUUUGAUGAUCUCAUUGGAAAUGUUAUAGCCAACUCUCUGGGGAAACAGGCCGUGAUGAAUUUACCUGGAUUAGCUCCCUACCCAGAUUUCUUUGCAGCUGGUCUCAUAAUGAUCUUGGCAGGGAUUCUUGCAUUUGGAGUUAAAGAGUCUGCUAUAGUAAAUAAGGUGUUUACAGCCAUCAACAUCCUGGUGUUGCUGUUUGUUAUCCUUUCUGGUUUCAUCAAGGGUGACAUCAACAACUGGUACACUGACGAAGAUAUUCUCCACAGGGCAUAUGAAAAUCACACAUUCCUGAAUGAAACCAGCCAGCGUGGUACUGGGGGAUUUUUCCCUUAUGGCUUUGAGGGAACAUUAGCAGGAGCAGCCACUUGCUUUUAUGCAUUUGUUGGAUUUGACUGUAUUGCAACAACAGGAGAGGAAGUUCAGAACCCUCAAAAGUCAAUCCCACUCGGCAUAGUGGCAUCCCUCCUCAUCUGCUUCCUGGCUUACUUUGGCGUGUCUGCUGCCUUGACGCUGAUGAUGCCGUACUAUUUGCUCAGUGUUAAUAGCCCGCUGCCCUUGGCUUUCACAUAUAUCGGUUGGGGCCCUGCAAAACAUGCGGUGGCCGUUGGAUCCCUUUGUGCACUUUCGACAAGCCUGUUGGGUUCCAUGUUCCCGAUGCCCCGUGUUCUCUUUGCUAUGGCCAGGGAUGGACUUCUCUUUGAGCCUCUCAGUAAAAUGAGCUCCAGACAAAGUCCUGUCUUUGCUACACUGGCUUCUGGAAUUGUAGCAGCUGUCAUGGCAUUAUUGUUUGACUUAAAGGCGCUGAUUGAUAUGAUGUCCACUGGAACACUCUUUGCCUACACACUUGUCGCCAUUUGUGUUCUCAUACUAAGGUACCAACCUGAGCUCAGUGAGGAUACGAGCAUAGGCAAGACCGAACCAUUCACAGUAGGAGGUGUAUUUUAUCCCCCAUCCCAAGCAACCCCACGGACAUCAAAAAACGUCUCUAUUUUGACUGUUGCUAUUGUUUUGAUAGCUGUAAUCCUGAGCAUCAUAAUAUCCCAGGGUAUAGACUCCCUUCAGGCACUUCAGUGGUGGAGUUUACUUUGUGCCUCUGUAUUCUUGCUGAUCCUCCUCAUUACUGUACUCCUCAUCUGGAGACAGCCACAAAGUACAGCCAAAGCUGCUUUCAUGGUUCCUUUCGUACCUUGGCUUCCCACUUUUAGCACUUUGAUUAAUGUCUAUCUUAUGGUUCAGCUUGGAUCAGACACCUGGAUACGUUACACAGUCUGGAUGGGAGUAGGUUUAACCAUCUACUUUUGUUAUGGGGUUCAGCACAGCGUGCAGAAGCAAAGGAUGGAGAAUUCACAGAACAGAGUCAGUUUUCAAACUAUCGCCACCACGUUGGGGUAAAAGCUUUGAGCUUAAAUGUUAAAGAGACAUUUAUGUAAGUCUUUGUAAGUUUGCUCAAAGCAAAUGUCUGCAUUUAAGAAACACGCUGAUGAUGUGCAUGAAUAUUCGAAGAUUGUUAGUUUUGGGUAUUUAAUCUUUUAUAUUUGCUGUGAAUUUAAAUUCUAGAAAAACUUUUUUUUUUCAAACACAACAUAGCAUUAAACUCUUUUUUUGUUUUGUCCAAAAUUGUCAUCUUCAUAUUCACAGAGAAAGUUCUGUCCCAUUUGUGGUUUUUAGUCAUAAUUUUUAGAAAGUGUGAACAUGUGGACCUCCACCUGAGGUCUAAACUUUAACUAUUGUAUAUUCCAAAUCAAUACACGUCUGUAAUAAUCUGUGUUGCAUUCCUUGUUUAAUAAAUGUUAUAUAUCCCCUUUCA